AUGCUGCCCGCCUUCUACAACUGGAUUGCCAAAGUGGCCCCAAAGGAAGAGUACCAGGCUGGGAAGCUGAUCUUGGUGGCGAUUCUCAUGCUUUUCUCUAGUUGCCUCUGCCGCGGCUUCGAGAUUUGGGAGAGCCCAUCAGAGUCUCUGCCAAUGGAAGGUUCAGCAAGUGGCCCACGCUUGAUGGCUUCGUCGCCGCUCCUGGCUGCAGCGCUUCGUCGCUGCGGCGCUUGGUCAGAGCCCUUGAUGAUUUUCGUUUCGUUCUUCUUUCUGCAGCAUCCAGAUCUCUUGACGCGCCUGCAGCUGCUGGCCUUGACGGCUAUGCUGGUGAGCUGCCGUGGUUGGAGUUAUGUCGGCGGCCUCGUGUCGGUUACAGCGAUGGCAUCCUUGCUGGUGCAGUACUUCCUGCGCUUUGAGUUUAUCAAGUUCUCCCACCAGGAGUACGUGCACUGGCUUGGCCUGGCAUGGGAAGGACGAGUAGUCGGUCUCGAGAUUGUGCGCGCUGCCCUGGGCAUCACGCAGCACGCUGUGCAGCGGGUCGCCUUGCACUGCGAGGAAGCCGCAACACCUACACCUCGCAGUCGCAAGGAGCUGGUGGCACAUAGUGCCCUCAUCGGAGCCACGCUGAUCCUUCUAACGACCGUCUUCAGCGCGGAUGCCUAUUCCAUCAUCUCGGUUUGCCUCGCCGCCGCAUUCCUGGCCUCAGGAGACGCCGGCCGCCUUCUCAGCGCCGAGGCGGCCAAUCGCUGGCUGCGGCGGAUGUGCGCUGUAAUACUGCUGUCUUUGCUGGUGAGCUGGUCCUUGUUGUCCUGGCUCUCGCCACCUCUUCACAGCAGCCCAACAGCUGAGGUUAUCUCAAAGUGGUCAGUUUGCCUUCCGUUUGAUGCUCUGCAUCUGGUAGAUUCGAUGGGCGCUGCCUGCACGGGGAGCCACUGCCAGACACAGCGUACGCGAUGUGGGGCAGCUUGGAUCUCUUGGCUCCGGCUGCCUGGAAUUGCAAGGGGUCAUUGCACUGUGGAGUUCCUGGCGCUUUUCUCCAUUUGCUUGCUCCGUCGGGUGUGCAUGGCACAGAAGGACUCACCAGCCUCGAGUGAGACCACCGGCAGCUUGAACCAGGCUGGCUCUUUGUCGAGUUCUUCGCCAAGCCAAGGGCAGGAGGAGGGGGAACCUGCUUCAGAAGAUAGCCAGCUCCCCCAUAUUUGCGGCUUCGCCCUGAAGCCCGUCAGGCUGUGCACCUUAUGCACGGCCGCCGUGUGGCUUGCAUUGGCAGGCUCCGCCAUGCUCCAGAAGCAGGCGAAUGUCAUCGCAGUAGUGUAUCUCCUUCUGCUCUUCUCUGGCCUCUCGGGUGGUACGGCCGAGACGAAGCCUGCAACGCUGAAGUCGGUACGCGUCUUCAACAUGUUGGUGAUGGUGGUGUGGGCACUGUACCAGUGCCCAUCACUUCCAUGCCCGUUCUUGAUGCAGAUCGACGACGCAGGUCCGACUGGUUUCCUUUCUCCUUGGCAGUGCCACGCCCUCGAGUACAUGCCACAGCUGGCUUCCAUCGGAAGCGGCCGGGAGCGUGUCACCAGCGUCGUGCUCCAAAGCAUCGGUUUGCGCAAGGAGACAGGUGGGCUAUACUUCUCUUGGCCCAACGUGUUCAACAUCGCACUCUUCUUCUGUGCAUCGCUGUUGGCCACGAUGAGCGCCCGAUGGGAAAGAGAGCUGGCGACACAGUUCGAGGAAGAUGCGCGAGAGCUUCAAGAGCGAGCCGCUUCGUACGUCCAGUACGUGCAGCGGUGGCGCAGUCAUGAGUUGCAGCAGGUGGCCACCAAGCAUUGGGUGCUGCGUGCUAAGCUGAACGACCUGAUGAGACACCUUGAUCGGCUGAGAGCUUUCUGGGCGGACCAGACGUCGACGCUUUCCCUUCGGGCCCAACGAUCAAACAAGGCCGACUCUGAAUCGGCCAUCUCCACGAAAGAGGUGCAGCUGGAAGUGUCGGAGGAGCUCCAGAGAGCGUGGCGGGUGCGGCUUCUGGACCUUUGCCUGCAGACAGGCUGCCCUCAGGAGGAGAUCGAACCGGUUUUCCGCAAGUUCGCAGAGGAAGUUGGCGUUUCUGAUGAGCUGGGCUUGGAGAAGGCGACAGAGGCCACCAUACAGUUGCUCGAGACCUCCGUCGUUUCGCUCAUGAGGACCCGUGAACUUCAAGUUCUGCGGCGCAUCACGGAGGAGGAGGUCCAAAACCGUGAGGCAGAGCUUCUGCAGCGGCUACGGGAGCAUGCGCGUGGGCAGAUUGCGAUACCAGUGCCGAACGAGGCGACAUCGAGCUCCGAAGAAGACACGAGUUCCCCGGGUCAGGAGCAGCAGCCCGUCCACCAGCAGCCCGUCCAUGCCAAAGCCGCAGAACCCGAGAAGGAUCCCGAGACCCUUCCAGCGGCGGCUGCUGCGACGCUCCCCAGCGAGGCUGUGCCUCGGCCCGUUGACGCGGAGCAUCCGCCUGCGCCGGCGCAGCCGUCGCAAGCUGUGAAUACUGUGGAGCAAGCCCAGGAACUGGUGCAGCGAACAAGGCCUCUGCUCGAGGCCGUCAUCGACGAUUUGCUCUUCUACCGGGUGGGUGAUGACACCCUACAGGCGCAAGCCACAAGCCCCGUUUCGACCACCGCGCUCUGCAAGGUAUCAUUGCUUAUCAUUGAUGUUGCUGGGACGGUUGCCAACCACAUUGCGGCAGCUGUCUGUUUGCCGCAGGGUCGGGUUAACGAGCGCUUCUCAGAUCAAGUGCUACGCAUCGCAAAAGCUAGGAACUCCGAUACCGCUGUCUCCCCCACCGAAGAAGCGUUCGGCCAUGACGCCGGCAACUUCAUCGACUAA